AUGCACCCUUACAGUGGCCAGGACAGCUCUCCCGAUGACUACAGAUCUUCUAACAACACACCUCAUCUCUGUGCCGGGGUCAGUGAUGAGAUGUUCUAUGUAUCUUCCGUCAGAGACUCCCCUUCGGGCUCGAAUGCCGGCUCAGAUCAUUUCGGCGAGGACGACGUCUCGAGCUCUCCCAUAAUCGGCUUCGCAUCUAGCUCUCCCCCUCUUGUUCCUGCUUCUAGUUCUCCUGCAUUUGCCGCCGACACAAGCACACCCGAUCUCUCACAUGGUUCUUCGAGCAGUCCCAUACAAGACCACUCUCCUCACAACGCUGCUCCCUAUGGACACCCCAUCGCCGCUAGCGAAACAGUUCCAUCCCAUUAUAGUAAACUGGAGUUCCUCUUGCAGGUCGUUGAAGAAGAGCAGAGAUCCCUUAGCUCACAGAGUGCUUCUUCCGAAUCUUCGUCUACAUCUUCGUCUUUGGAUGCGCAUAUAUCGACUUUCAUCGAUGAUGCCGGAUCUACUCAAGCCGAACAUUCUCUUCCUCGUCCUGUCGCUAGAAUCUCAAGCUACAGCACCCUCGCCGGCGCUCUUGAUAAUCGCACCUCGGCCUCUUCUCGCCUCAACGGCUCCAUCUCUGCCCUCAAACGGAAACGUUCUACCAUGGAAACUAUACUCGAGUCGGGAGAAAGGACAAUCCCUGCGACUCCGGCUAGACUGUCUCGAGACCACACUCUGCAGCUCUCUCAGCGUACGGACGACUCGUUUUCUUCUCCGACGCGAACAGGUUACGAUGCCGACGACGAUUCUUCUUGCGGUACCCCGAUUAUAUGCUCCCCUGUCUUGAAGAAACCCAGGCUGUGUCGCGGCAGUAACACAUCUCGACAUAGACUCCACUAUGCUCAGGAACCCGCGGCUCUGCGAAAAGCAAAGUCACUUCGAUCUGACGAGUCUUUCAGUAUGGGCGAGAAUCGAAAAUCUCAUGAGAAUAGGAACAGUCACACGGGAAUCUCCUCGCCUAUUUACCUUCCGGUCAUAAUACCCGUCCCUCCACCUGAACUCAUACCCGAAUUCCCUCUCUGCAUUGAAGACGCCGCGGAUAGGCGCAUACAAGCACUUCUAUCCCGAGAAAAACGCAUGCACGGCACUUUCGGGCCACCCAAACAGCAUACCAACUUUGUUCCGGCUGUCUUUCCGCGUUCCCCCUCCGCGGUAGAUGGAGACGAUACUUUGACUUACGACGUCACAUCGGAAUCGGGCUCGGAGACUUUGGCUUCAGAGACGCAAUCUGAGGCUUCUACUGCGAUGUCACCCACUCGUGAUCUUGUCGUGUUGACACCGGCGCCAUGGCAUAUCGAGCCGUUCAAGACAAUGACCAGAAGCGAGACAGGAUCCCAGGGUACGAGUCUUGACUUCAGUCCAGGUGAGAAUCUGAGAGCGGCUGCUUUGGAGUGGAUUAUGACGGUCAUUCCUCCCCACGAUACCCACCCGCCACACGUUCGAAAACCUGAUCUGUAUUCUCGUGACCUCUACGACCAACUCACCAACGACUCGAGCACUCGAUUCUUAGCUGCCUAUCUCUUCGGGAAAUAUUUCUUCAUCCUCGACGCUUCUGAAGUCUGUGCGGCAAACAAGGCGCUUUCCACUUCAUCUCAGGAAUCAGACGGGUACGAGCAGGGCGGGGACGAGAAAUUGAAAAGGGCCCAGGCGCUGAAGAGGGCAGAUUUAGAAGAGGGAAGACGAAGGAUCGUUUGGGAUUUUGCGGUGGCAGCGGUGGCCUUGAGCGUCAAGAUGCUUAGAGACGUCUUGCCACCGUUGAAGCCGAUAUAUGCUCGCGAUUUCCUGGUGAUGGCGCCUCAUGAGAUGUGUGACGAUGAUCUUGAGGCGUCCCAACGAGACCUUCUCGACGCAUUUUCCUACAACAUCGGUUUCCCAACACCUCAGCAAUACUUGGACGAACUCUACAUCGCUCUUCCCACCUUACGUAUUCUGCUCAACUGCAAUAGUCUCUGGAGACUCGUUUUGAAUGAAACAUGGAGACUUCUCAACGCUGCAAUCUGCGAUCCCGAAGUCCACAGAUUCCGAUUCUCACUCCUCACAGUAACCGCCCUCCAAGAAGGCAUCAUCCGCACCGUCUCCUACAAGCUCCACUCCGGCGACACCUGGACCGAGCCAGAUCCCAUGAACUGCCACUGUAAGAUAUUCUGCCCGGAGUGUCAGGGUGGCGAUGUGCUGGAGUCGGAGUCGUGGAAGGAGUCUGGGUGGUCUGAGGAUUUGAGGAUAGAUGCGUAUGAGGAGGCUGAUGAGGUCUUGGAGGAUGUGAGGGAUUUGAUGGGGAUUGGGGCGCUCUCCAUUUGUGCUGCAUCUGUCACUUUCUCUGUCUGUGACUUUCUGUAG